ACUCUUACCACCGCUCCCUAUAACCUCGCUCACAAGCUAAACGCUUCUUCAGUUCCUUUCUGUCUCUCCUUGCCAUUGCAGAUCAACAAUGGCGAAACCCACUUCUCUAAUCCCACAUUUUACCUUCUUUCUAUUGUGUCUCUGUUUUCAUCUCCUUCAAGCUUCUACGAACCCAGAUUUGGAGCAUCUAAUGCAGUUCAAGACCGAAUCGGACAAGGCCAACAAGCUCGCAGAUUGGAACUCCACUAUCGACCCAUGCACCUGGAGCGGUGUCUUCUGUCUCAAAAACAGAGUUUCGCGUCUUGUCCUUGAAAAUCUUGACCUCCAUGGCUCCAUCCAACCCCUUACUUCUCUCACUCAGCUCCGGGUCCUUAGUCUUAAAAGAAACAGUUUUUCUGGUCCGCUACCAGACCUCUCUAACCUCAAAGCCUUAAAGCUUCUCUUUUUAUCUCGCAAUAACUUUUCCGGUAACGUUCCGGCUUCUCUCCAAUCUCUUUUUCGUCUUUAUCGUUUGGAUCUGUCUUACAAUGGUUUUUCCGGCAACAUUCCCGCGACACUCAACCGUUUGACCCAUUUGUUGACUCUUCGGCUUGAAGAGAAUCGGUUUACCGGCUCUAUUGCUGGUAUGAAUAUCCCGACUUUGCAGGAUUUUAAUGUUUCCGGCAACCAGCUCUCCGGUGAAAUACCCAAGUCCUUGUCUAGCUUCCCUGUAUCCGCUUUUGCUCAAAACUCUGGCCUGUGUGGAUCCCCAUUUCAGACCUGUAAAGGUAUAGUGUCUGACCCAACAAGGCCCGGAUCCGACGGAGCUAUUGCCUCUCCAUUAAUGCCGGAAAAUAAACCAACAACUGUAUCAUCAUCCCCAAGCUCAAUUCCUCCAAACAAAGCAGCAAAUUCCACCCACAACAAGGCGGCCAAAAUAAGUCCUUUAGCAUUAAUCGCCAUUAUAUUAGGGGACGUAUUAGUCCUAUCCAUAGUCUCUCUGCUCCUCUAUUGCUACUUUUGGAGAAACUACGCAGGCAGAAUGCGAGACGGGAAGGGCUCGAAGCUUCACGAAACGGAGAAAAUUGUGUACUCGUCAAGCCCGUACCCGAACCAACCGGGUUUUGAGAGGGGUCGUAUGGUGUUCUUCGAAGGGGUGAAGAGGUUCGAGCUAGAAGAUUUGCUGAGAGCGUCGGCGGAAAUGCUGGGGAAAGGUGGAUUCGGGACAGCGUAUAAGGCGGUGCUGGACGACGGGAAUGUGGUGGCCGUGAAAAGGCUAAAGGAUGCAAAUGUAGUUGGGAAGAGAGAUUUUGAGCAGCACAUGGAGGUUUUAGGGAGAUUGAGGCAUCCUAAUUUGGUUAGCUUGAAAGCUUAUUACUUUGCAAGAGAAGAGAAGCUGUUGGUCUAUGAUUACAUGCCUAAUGGCAGCUUGUUUUGGCUUCUUCAUGGUAACCGAGGACCUGGGAGAACCCCUCUGGACUGGACCACCAGGCUGAAAAUAGCUGCAGGAGCGGCCCGUGGGUUAGCCUUUAUUCACAACUCAUGCAAGUCUCUUAAACUCACACACGGUAACAUCAAAUCCACAAACAUCCUUCUUGACAAAGCUGGCAAUGCACGUGUCUCGGACUUUGGUCUCUCCCUUUUUGCUUCCCCUACCGCUUCUGCCCCCAGAUCUAAUGGCUACCGUGCUCCUGAAUUAUCAUCUGAUGGUCGCAAGCUAACCCAGAAAUCUGAUGUUUAUUCAUUUGGGGUCUUGCUUCUGGAGUUGUUGACCGGGAAGUGCCCUUCUAUAGUGGAUUGCGGUGGGCCUGGAACUGGGUAUGGUGGAGUCGUGGAUUUGCCGAGGUGGGUCCAGUCUGUUGUGAGAGAGGAGUGGACGGCUGAGGUGUUUGAUUUGGAGCUAAUGAGGUAUAAGGAUAUUGAAGAGGAGAUGGUGGCGCUGUUGCAGAUUGCUAUGGCUUGUACAUCUCCGUCGCCUGAUCAACGGCCUAGAAUGGGCCACUUGGUGAAGAUGAUUGAGGAGAUACGUGGGGUGGAAGUAUCGCCAUGUCAUGAGACGCUUGAAUCGGUGUCGGAUUCACCCUGCAUGUCAGAGGACACGUGCGGAGCUAGCCAGUGAGAAUGAACGGAGGACUUUGUUUAAUUAUAAAGCUACGGGUUUUAGGUGUAAAUGCAGUCCUGCAUUGUAAACUUGAGAUUUUCAAGUUAUUAAUUUUUAACCAAAGUUUUCUUAAUGAGCAA